AUGCUACUGGCGAUAGAAGCAUGUGAAAGACAAAUGGAAUCUACUGCUGAUAACAAAUCCAAACCCGAGUAUGACAAAAUUAUUGUUAAUAAGAGUAAUAUAUCUGAAGCAGCUUUUGAAGUUAUUCUUAGUGGAAAAGUAGAUUUUAUGAAUUGUGAAGGACAACAAACGCUUGAUUUACUCUUUGCAGCUGAUGAACUUGGUAUUGUAGAAAUAUUGGAAUGCAUUCAGAAGCAUCUAAUAGAAUAUCAAACCGAAUGGAUGGAUAGCAAUUUCAUUACUUAUCAUCGGAAAAUUUUCAGGAAUGAGGCUUUCAAGACUCUUCAAGAUUAUUACAUUAACAAAAUUUCAACCGACCCUACGAGUAUAUUUUAUAAAGAUGAUAUUUUUAGUCCAGAAACAUUAAAUUCUCUUGACGAAUGUGGGUGUAUUAAAUUAGAUGAAGCUAUUUGGGGUUAUAUUGUCAACUGGGCAAAACUUCAAAUUCCGAGAUUAGGAAGCAAAGUUGCAGGAUGGGCCAAGAAAGAUUGGGAUGAAUUCAGGUUUGCUCUCGAGCAAUGUAUUCCUUGGAAAAGUGUUUUAUCUUUAGGCUGGAAUGAAUUCCACGAUCUUUUAGUUCCUUGUGAACCAUUUUUGCCAUCAGAUAAAUUCGAAUAUGCACUUAAACAACAGUUAAAAAAAGCUUGUGGAUCAUCAGCUAUGAUUUCUUCUCCGAUUUCUAUUCAAUUCAAUGGUACAAUUAUUAACAUCUGUCAUGCUACAUUAAUUUCAAAAAUAUUUUAUCAAAAAUGCGAAGGAAUCCAGAAAACAGCAGUGAUAUUCAAAAUGGCAAAAACUAGUGCAUUAUACGGAGGGUAUAACCCUUUGGAUUGGAAAUUUGAUCGUACCACUAAAGAUAGUUUUAUUUUCAAUUUUGACGAAGAAAAAGCCGAAAUUACUAGGCUUAAUUCAUUUGCAAUUCAUAAAAAAACCGGAUAUGGGCCUUGUUUUGGCACUAAAGAUUUAUUGUCAUUCCCGGAUGGAGAUAAGACAAUUUUGUGGAAGACAAAUGAUAAUUCAGAAUCUUUGGCAGUUUUAGAUUACGAAGUUUUUCAGGUUGUGGAGAAGCCUAGAAGAUCUAUGCUUGGAUCUACAUCACAUCAGAGUAAUGGAAUAACUCACAAAAAAAGGUAG